CCUUGUCGAGUGCCUGCAAAAGCAAAAGACGGAACUAAAAAUCCGCAUCAGUAGCAACACACGCCUACGGCGAUUUCGAAAAAACGGUAACCAGUGAAGACGUAGCAGCAAUUCUUAGUGAAAGAUUUUAGGGUUCCAAGCGUCGAAUCUGGGAGGAGAAAACGACGAGCCAUGGAUAGUGCCCUUGCUAGUGCGUCUGCGAUCACUGACCAGAGGCAAAAGAUCGAACAGUAUAAGCACAUUCUCUCCAGCGUUCUCUCAUCGAACGACAUCGUUCAAGCGAAGAAAUUCAUAGACCACAUACUGUCGGACGAUGCUCCAUUGGUGGUGUCGCGGCAGCUUUUGCAGACUUUCGCGCAAGAAUUGGGGAGAUUGGACCCCGACGCGCAAAAAGAGAUUGCUCACCAUACUCUAGCACAGAUUCAACCUCGUGUUGUUUCCUUCGAGGAACAGGUAUUAAUAAUUAGAGAGAAACUGGCUGAGCUGUAUGAGUCUGAGCAGCAGUGGUCAAAAGCAGCUCAGAUGUUGAGUGGCAUUGAUUUAGACUCGGGAAUGAGAGUGAUUGAUGAUACAUUCAGGUUGUCAAAGUGCGUCCAAAUUGCCCGCCUGUAUCUUGAGGAUGAUGAUGCUGUCAACGCAGAAGCUUUCAUCAACAAAGCUUCAUUCUUGGUCAGCAACAGUCAGAAUGAAGUGCUAAACUUACAGUACAAGGUCUGUUAUGCAAGGAUUUUAGAUUUGAAAAGGAAGUUUCUUGAAGCAGCACUCCGCUAUUACGACAUAUCCCAAAUUGAGCAGCGACAGAUAGGGGAUGAAACCAUUGAUGAGGAAGCAUUGGAGCAAGCCCUAUCUGCUGCGGUGACAUGUACAAUUUUGGCGGCUGCAGGUCCUCAACGUUCUCGUGUUCUUGCCACUUUGUACAAGGAUGAACGAUGUUCCAAGUUAAAAAUUUAUCCAAUAUUACAGAAGGUGUAUCUGGAGAGAAUUUUGAGGAAGCCAGAAAUAGAUGCAUUUUCGGCAGAGCUAAAAGCACAUCAGAAAGCUAUUCUUCCAGAUAAUUUUACUGUGCUAGAUCGAGCCAUGAUUGAGCAUAAUCUUCUGAGUGCAAGCAAACUCUAUACAAAUAUAAGUUUCGAUGAACUGGGCACUUUGCUUGGCAUUGCACCAGAUAAGGCUGAGAAGAUAGCUUCAAGAAUGAUUUAUGAGGAUAGAAUGAGGGGAUCUAUUGACCAGGUGGAAGCUGUCAUACAUUUCGAGGAUGACACUGAAGAGCUGCAACAGUGGGAUCAACAGAUUGUUGGCUUGUGUCAAGCUCUCAACGAUGUACUGGAUAGCAUGGCGAAGAAAGGCUUGGCAAUUCCUGUGUGAUUUACAUGGUGAUCAUUUGUAUUAUUCUUUUGCCUGCACUGACAACUAAUCUGUCUCUUAUCAUCUCAAACUAUAUCGUUCGACUUAAUUUACAUUUUGUGAAGUUUAAUCGGCCUGCUGUUUCACUCUGGUGGUGGUUCACGAAUGCUAGUUUGAUGGGGCGGUUUAUGAUCAUAUUAAUAAAUCUAAUUAAUUUUA